ACACAUUGUAGAAACCAAGAUUAGCUACUUCAAUCUUGCUUUCUUCCUCUCAUCUCUCUCACUCACACUACACAAUGAAAUGAACUCAUCUCUCCAAGCUCUUCUUCCCAGAAGAGAUGGCUUUGCAACAACACACCUCAUCAUUUCUCCUAGACUCUCUGUACUGCCAAGAACACCAUCUGGUUGUUAACGAUGAUUAUCAAACACUUGAGCCUCUUGUACCUAACCAAGACUUGUUUUGUGAAGAAGAAGAACAAGAAGAGCUUUCCUCUUUGUUGUCGAAAGAAGAGCCGAAUGUUCUGUGUAAUGAACUUGAGAGAAACUCUUUGUUGGCUGAAUCUCGCCGAGAUGCGGUGGAGUGGAUGCUGAGAGUUGUGGAGCAUUACUCGUUUUCUUCGCUCACUGCUCUUCUUGCUGUGAAUUAUUUCGAUAGGUUUGUGUUUAGGUUCGAGUUUAAUGAGGAGAAGCUCUGGAUGGUUCAGCUUGUUUCUGUGUCCUGUUUGUCACUUGCUGCUAAAAUGGAGGAAGUCCAUGUUCCCCUGCUUUUGGAUCUUCAGGUAGAGGAUCCUCCAUACGUGUUUAGAGCAAAAACGAUUCAGAGAAUGGAGGUUUUGAUGUUGUCAACUCUUGAGUGGAAGAUGAAUCCUGUGACGCCAAUUUCGUUUCUUGAUUAUAUCACGAGGAGGCUUGGUCUGAAUAACCACAUUUGUUGGGAAUUUCUCAAGGGCUGUGAUUGUCUUCUUCUCUCUAUCGUUGCUGAUUGUAGGUUUAUGCGAUUCCUUCCUUCUGUUGUAGCCACUGCUAUAAUGCUGGUUGUAAUUAGUAAUGUUGAGCCCUGUAUUGGACUAGAUUACCAGAAUGAGCUUGUCGGAAUUCUUGGUAUUGAUAAGGGCAAAUUACAAGACUGUUGCAAGCUAAUCCAGGAACUGAUAUCAGGAGGUUGCCGCAACAACAUUAACAAACGCAAAUUUUCACCUUUCCCAGGAAGCCCCCGAGGGGUUACGGAUCUGUACUGGAGCUCGGAUAGCUCAAAUGAUCCAUGGGAAGUCACCACAGCUGCAUUAGCCUCUGUAUCAUCCUCACCAGAGCCAAUACCGAAGAAGCGAAAGGCCCGGGAUCAGGAUUAGCAGAGAUUCUGCAAUGCAGCUGCAGAAAAUCAACCUCUGCUUUUCUUCCUAAAUAGCAGGGUCUGGUUAAGUCCAGUAGUAAGAUCAAUAACAGUGACAUGUUCUUCUUUUCAUAUGCAAGUUAAAUUGCCCACCAUCUCUGCAUCAAAAUCCAAGGGUUAUAUACAUGCACAUCUAUGAUUUGUAUGAAGAUUUGUAAUGGGAGGGCAGAGAUGGUUGGCAUUUUUUCAGGACAAGUAAUGAAGAACAUGAAGAUAGUACUAGACAUUAGUAUGAAGUUUCUAUUUCUGUUCUUGCUGUAAAAAGUAAAAAACCCUACAAUUUCAAUUACCAAUAAUUCCUUCAUUAUUAA